ACCAAAUCAGAAAUAGAGAAUUCGAGGAUCAGGAAAGUUUUUCGAGAAAAAAAAGGAGAGACACAUGAAAGAUCAGAAAAUGUAACCGUGAAGGCAACAGAUCAACGUCCAGCCGAGACCAGGAUUGAGGAGUACGAUGGACGAGUUCGAUCGGGUGCCGAUAGAGGGAUAACGUAACGCGUGGCCUGCUAGCGUGGGUUCUGCGGUCGGCGGUCUCGACGCGUGGCCGCGCGGACGUCAACGACGUCAUUCGUUGUGAUGCGUAUCGCUCUGUGCCGCGAUGUCGCUCCUCGUGCAAUUCGGCAGCCUGCUAAUCGGCGUGCUCCUCCUGGUCACGCCGUUGACCGAUGGCUUCUCCUAUGAAAACCUGCCCGCGGUCGCGAUGGACUACAAAGUGCACAUCGAUGCCGGCAAGGAGGAUUGCUAUUUCCAAUAUGUGAAUCCGGGCGCGACGUUCUUCGUCAGUUUCCAGGUCUUACGUGGUGGAGAUGGAAAAGCUGGUUUUGCAGUGAGAAAUCCAGAAGGAGUCAUUGUUCAUCCUUAUCAAUGGCGUUCCAAUGCUGAUUAUCAAGAUCAAUCGCAGAAUGGCGGUUAUUACAGUGUGUGCAUUGAUAACCAAUUUUCUAGAUUUGCCGCAAAAUUAGUCAAUUUGUACAUCACUGUGAUCAGGUAUGAUAAAUGGCAGAAAUAUACAGAGGAAUUACAAGAAUUGAAUCUUUCUGUUGAGAACUUUACGACUACUAUCACAAAUGUGGAGAGAAACAUUAAUGAAAUGCUUCAUGUUCAACAUUGGAGCAGGAGUAGAGAAGCAAGAGAUUUGAAUUUGUUGUUGGACAAUAAUUCUUAUGUGCAGACAUGGUCAAUUGCCCAGGUAGUCGUUAUUACGAUGACGACUAUGGUCCAAGUAUAUUUCGUUAGAAAGUUGUUCGAUGUAAAACCAUCUGGACAUUCCAAGACACGAAUUUAACAUUGAUGAACUGCAGUCAAUUGUUUGCUCAAUAAGAGCAUUGUUCAAUAUCUAUUGUGAUAAAGCCCACAUCAUUGAUUAAUAUUGUAACCAAUUUGAAGAUAAUGGCAUAAUAACAUAUAAACGUCGAUUAAUGAAUUUUUAAUUUAAUAACAAUUUUACAUAUUUUGUUGAUCGAUACGUUUACGUUAUUUUUAUGUCAUUGUAUAAAUUUGAGUGCAAUGAUUUUUUUAGGGAUUGUUUGAAGGUUAAAGACACAAUAGAAGAAAUUUAGAAAUUUGUUGGGCAUAAAUUUCUUAUUAACAUAAACACAUUUAGAUAAAGAUCAGCCUUUAACAAAAAGAAAUAUAAAUUUCUGGUUCACAAAAACAUAACGAAGUAUUCACAUCAAUAAGAUUUUGCAUUCUAUCAAACUAAACGUAUUUAUACACCAGUUUUAAAUAAUAUUUUUGGUAAUUUUUGUAGAUAGUUCUAUAGUUCAAAAUACUUUUCUUUAUUAAAAUAUCCUUGAACUGAGAGCACUUUUUUAUACUUUAUACAAGACUGUACAAUUUGCAUUUAUGAAAACUCAUAAUAUGCUCCAUCCAUCUUUUUAACUAUUUUUUUACUAACUUGUUUUUAAUUUUUUCAAUUUUAGACAUUCUCAUAUAUCAUAAAGUUGAAGACUUCUUAAAAAUAAAGAAAUAUAUAAAAUAACGUUUAUAUUGUAUUUGUAUAAAAAUAAUAAAUGACGCAUACUUUUGUUA